GACUGACACAUUGAUUGACUGACGAUAGAGACUGACUCAGAGACACACUGGCUGACUGAGACAGUGGCUGACCAUGAAUAGAGGUGCAUUACAUUUCAAGCGGCGGCUUACAUGACUGAGUAUCCGCGGAUGCCGGCCCACAUGACCGCAGUACUAACGAAUCCUAUACUUUAGGAAAACAACGAGUCGGACAGGAAGACUAGGCGCUUCAACGAAUAGAUGUCUGUCUAUUGUCACCGCUUGGUGGCCCUGAGACUACCACAAGUAAACCAAUCGUGUGCGUUGUAUGGCUGACGUCAUUUAAACCAGCCAAUGAGCAGGGCGCUGAGGGAUGUGCGGUUUGCUCCGGCGGAGUUUGAAUUUUCAAGGAGAAAACCCCAAACAGUUUGUUUGUGUGUGAUACGGAGCAUCGCGCGCAAAGUUAUAAACCAUGAGCUGGGCGGUGGAGGAGUGGAAGGAUGGACUUCCAGGGAAAGCCCUGCUGAAGAUCCAGGAGAUGGAAGGCCAGCUGGACAAAGUGAAGAAGGACCGGAACCAGAAGCAGUUUCAGCUGGACUCCUUAGAGGCCGCCCUGCAAAAACAGAAACAAAAGGCGGACAGUGAACGUUCUGAGACCUCUGCUUUGAAAAGGGAGAACCAGUCUUUACUAGAGUCCUGUGACUCUCUGGAGAAAGCCCGUCAAAGGGUUGUCCAUGAUCUCGGAGUCAAAGAGCAGCAGGUAAGCUAUCUGGAUGGCCAGCUUAACUCCUGUAGGAAGACCAUAGAGCGACUGGAGCAGGAGCUGAAAAAGUACAAAACUGAACUGGAUCGUUCGCAGUCUGCGGGCUCUUCCUCCUUGUCGUCCUCCUCCUCUGAGCUUCAGCCCUACACUACCCCACAGAAAAGUUUCCCUACCACAGCUCCCAUUGCAGCCUACAGACAGCAGGAUAACAGAGUAGAUGAGCUUCAGGAGAAAUACAGCCAGGAGGUAGAAGAAAGAAAAAGGCUGGAGACUGAACUCAAAGUCAUGCAGGUCAAGCUGUUGAAUCAGUCCUCGGUCACUGUAAGCCACAAGGACAUUGCUGCCCGCCAAGCUGGAUCUUCCAUAUUCCCAUGGCAACCCCAGGAUCAGGCCCACAGUCGCCAGUCUCAGGAUGCAAUGGAAACGCCUCUGAAGAGGCGGGGCACAUCCCUAUGGGAAGCCCAUGAGGAGACACCCAUUAAAACCAGCCAGCGGAUGAGCUCUUCCAGAGCACUGCAGAGUCCCUGUGGGUCCUCUCAACAGAUGGAGCAGCUGAAGAACCUCAACCAAGAGCUGCGUGGCCGUGUGUCAGAACUGGAAAAUAAUCUUUCCACUCAGGAGAAGGAAAUUCGUAACCAAGCCUCCAAGCUGCAGGAACUACAAACUCAACUGUACCAGGCCCGCAAAGAGCUGACUGAACGGGACAGAGACCUGGCCAAGACCAGCCACGAGCUGAGUCAGGCCACAAAUGGACAUCAGCAGGUUGUGGCCAAGUGUUCCUCAGUUGAGCAGAAGCUGAAACAAGUCUCGGAGGAGAUGAGCUGUCAGAGGCACAAUGCUGAGAGCUGCAAACGAGCCCUUGAGCAGAAACUCAAGGAGCAAGAGAGAGAUAGUCAAAAGGAACUAGCCCAGCUGCAGACUGCUCACCAGGCUUUGGAACAGCAGCUGAACCAGAGCAGAAUCAAGCUGACACAAGAGAUUCAACAGUCCAAAAACGACUACAAUGUACUGCAGGCUGACAUGGAGAAGAUGGGCUUCCAGAAGAGUCAGAUGGAGAAGGAGGUAGAGGAGCGGAAACAGAAAUUGCUGAGGUCAGAGCAGAGCCUCCAGGCGAGCCAGACCAAAGAGCAGGACCUCCGCAAAAAAAUGGAGGAGCUGCAGAAAGAGAAGAACAGUGCGUCUGUCCAGCUGGACCAGAGUAGCCGGCUUCUGAGUCAGCUGGAGGAAGAGAAGAAGAGUGCAGACCAGAGUUUCAAACGCACCCAGGGAUUACUAGAUGACCUUAAAGCCAAAUCAGAAGGACAGGCGGAUGAGCUGAAGAGACUUAAGACUAAACUGGAGCAGCAGGCUCAGGCUUCGUCCCGGGAGCUGGAACACUUGAAGAAGACAUUUUCUGAUGCAGAGGCCAAAAAUGACAGAAAUCAGAGUGAACUGCAGAAACAGAAACAAGAGACAGAAAAUCUGACCAACAAGUUGACGGUGAAAGAGAAUGAGCUGAAAGAGCUGAAAUCCAAUCUCACAGCGAGUCAGAAUGAGAGUAAGGAACUGAAACAAGAACAUCAAGCUCUGCUGGAGUGGAAGAAAGAAAAGGAAACCUUGAUUAAUGAAACUGAGGCUGUGCAAAAAGACCUCACUGACAAAAUUGGCAACUUGGAGAACAGCCUCAUCUCGCUGAAUGAUGCUAAUGAUAAUGUUACGAAGCAGCUCCUGAGUGUAGAGGGAGACAAGGCCGGCAUGUCUACUCACAUUGAUUCCUUGAAGGGAGAACUCCUCAACAAGUGCACAGAGUUUGAAGAGAGGGAGCUUCAGUACAAGGAGCUCCAGUCUACAUUCUCCGAGGUCAGACAGAAGCACACCAAAGACCUGGAGAAUGUUGCGGUGCAAGUGGCUCAGCUUGGGGCACAGGUCAAAGGUCUGGAGUUCCAGUUGCAAAAGGAAAUUAUUCGAGCAGAGCAGGCCGAGAAGACCAACACCGAGCUGCAGGACGAGCACCAGGCAGCCUGCGACCUGGCUCGCUCCAAAGACCAGCUCAUCGAGUUGGGCCAAGCGGAGACCAGGCAGCUAAGGGAGAGCCUCGCUCAAGCUACUGCACAGCAAGAAGAGCAAACUACCAGGUUGGCAGAGGAGAAGGCCACCCUGUUGAAGCAGUGUGAGGAGAGUGUUUCAGCAAAGGUUGAUGAGAAGGAGCAGCUUACGCUUCAGUUGGAGGAGACGAAGCAAGAGCUGCUGCUCACCAAAAACCAGCUCAGUUCAGCGGAUCAGUUCCUGAAGGUCCAGGAGCAACUGAGAGCUGAGCUGCAGAAACAAAUAAAGACGAUGUCAGACAAUGAUGAGGAACACAAAAAGUUGCAUGAUAAGAAAUCCGAAGAGCUUAAACAGUUGGAGGAUGAACUAAAGGAUCUGCAGAGCCACACACAAGAGCAGGAGAAGCAGUUCAGAGAGGCUGAAGCUCAGAUUUUGUCUCUGGUAAAACAAAAGGCUGAGCUGGAAAAUGCAGUUCAAGAGACAAAGAAAGAGGCUGAGAACCUCCAGCAAGCUCACACUGAGAAGAUCAACAACCUUCUGGAGCAGAUAGCUUCGUUGGAAGAGGAGUUAACGGCUAGCAAAGAUGCAGCAGAGAAGCUUCCAGUCUUGAAGAAUGAACUGGCAGUGGUCAUCCAGUCCCAUGCUGACCUUAAGAAGCAUCUAGAAACUCUUGAGGCGAGUCACUUCUCCAUGAUUGAAAUCAAGUGCACUUUGGAGAACACCCUUGCUGAGAAAAUCAAUCUGAUCUUUACAUUGGAGAAAGAAAUCAAAGAGCUCACAGAGAAGACGAUGUUGGAUGUUGAAAACUUCCUCAACAAAGAGAAGAUCCUCAAAGAGAAGCUUGAAGCCGCAAAAAAAUCGGUGACUGCUGCUAAAACAGAAUCGAGUUCUCGACGGGAGCAGAUCAAGACCAUGAAGACGACUCUGUCGGCUGCGUCACGAGGCUUAGAAGAGAGAGACGGCUCGAUAAAGAGUCUGAAGGAGAAGCUGAAUAAAGCAGAGGCAGAGCAGGUCAAAACAUCAGAUCUCCUGAAGGAGAAGAUGGUUGCCAUGAACAAAAUAAAGGUUCAGCUGGAGAUGCUGCAAAUGGACCUGGAGGACAACGAGACAGUCAUGAACUCUUUUGAAAGUAAGGUAGAGGAGCUAAAGGAAGCCUUGGAGUCAUUGGAGGCUCAGCUAGCUCACAACCAAACUCAGAUGUUUGCCAUGGAGGCCAGGCUGGAGGACAGCAAAGCCCAGGUCUCUGUCUUGGAAACCCGGUUAGAGGAGGUCCAGUCGCAGAACUCCGUGCUGGAGACACAGUAUGUCACAGCUAAGGAGGAGCUGAUGGAGAGGAGCUGGGAAAUAACUCGUCUGGAAGAGGACGCUGUUGAACAAAAACAGCUGGAGGAGAAUGUUGCUACUUUAGAGUCUAAACUCGGCCAGACCACAGAGGAAAAUAUCAAGUUAGUGACAACGCUCAGGCAGACAAUCGAGGACAAAGACCGUAAUCUUAACCAGUUACAAGAGGAGAAAAACAACCUUGAGACUACUUUGACACAGUUAAGAAAUGAAAAAGAGCAAGUAGAAACUGAAGCGAUUCAAGUCAAUGCGGAGAAGAAACAGCUGGAAGCCAGUUUAGACAAGCUGUCUGAGGAGAACAAACAACUGCAGACCAACAUUCAGCAGUUAACUCAAGAAAAGCAGAAGAUUGAUCAAAUGACUGUAGAGAAACAGGAAGCUGAAUCGACCCUUAGACAAGUUAUGGAGCAGAAAGCCCAAAUAGAUAUUGCGCUCAAUCUGAUAAACGAGGAAAAAUGCCAAAUCGAGGCUAAACUAACUGAGCUAGUCAUUAACUUGAAUCAAGUAGUUGAGGAAAAGCUUCAGCUGGUGGGUAACUAUAAGGAGCUGACUGAAGAGAACAUCAAACUACAUUCUAGUGUUAAUCAAAUAACCGAAGAGAAGCUGCAGUUACAAGAAAUAAUAGAAAAACACGAAGAAGAGGCAGCUUCACGUAAAGAGCGGCUCGAGGGGGCGCACCGAGAGAGGAUCCAACAGUUUGAGGCAGAGCAGGCAGAACUGCAUCAGAAGUUGUCGGGCUUACAGGAGGAGCUAACUGUGUUCAAGCAGCAGUACGACUCGCUGCUGGAGCAGGUGGGCCAACAGCACCGCCUCAUACAGCAGCUCUCAGAAUCACAGGGAACCCACAAGGUCCCUGCAGACAAAAUCAGCCACAUGGAGACUCAGGAGACAGAUAUUGGUGCAGAAGCAGCAGGACACUCUGACUUAGAGCCAGCACUUGAUACAAGCAUCAAUGCUGAAUGCCUUCCAGUAAAGGGACAGCUGUCCCCAACAGUAGCUGAACUGGGUGCACCUUCCCACCAGUCUGACGAGGCAUUCGGUGAGACAGAGCUGGUGUUCAAGGAGGACGUCGUUGAACAAGAGACGGUCCAACAACUGGACGUGGAAAGGAAGGAACGUGCGGCCGCUACGAUGGGUGGCGAGGAGCAGCAUCAACAACAACCCUUCGAUCAGUUUUCUGAAAACAGCAGUAGUCCUAAAGAUGUUCUUGGAAGUAAUCCUGAAAUAUUCAAUAUUUCUCUACCAUCUUCCUCUGUUGGGGAGACCAGACAGUUAGAAUCCUCUGCAGCAGAGUCAUUCCAGGAACAAGAUGACCUCAACCACUUCACGGAAAUUAUCUCAAAGCAAGAACUCCAGACCUUACGCUCUGAGUUUGAGCUGCUUAGUUCUGACCUCACACUGAGAAUGGAGUUGACUUCUGAACUGGAAGUCCAAGUUCAAAACUUAGAAACUAAAGUUCAUGCAGCAGAGGAAGAGGCACAGGGUUCAGCAAAUAAGCUGAAGAUUGCUUUGGAGGAGAAUAAAGUUGUUGCUGACCAGAUGGCUCAACAGUCAGAAGAAAGGGAGACAUUAAGUCUGCAGCUCCAAACGGCUAAAUUCCAGUUGGAUGAUCUUAUGGAGAUGCUGGGAGGAUUGGAAAUGGCCAACGGUGGCUGGGACGAGAAAUUCCUUCAGCAGGAGAGUGAGCUGAGGAGAGUUCGCUCUGAGAAAGCCAACCUGGAGCAGCACAUCCUGGGCAUGGAGUCUGAGCUGGAGACCUUACAGGGCGAGAAGAACAAACUGGGGGAUGAGAUGGAGAUCCGGAGGAAGACUUGUUCCAGCAUGGAGCAGCAGAUACAAACAAUUACGAAGGAGACAACCCAACUAAGGUCUGAACUUGUGUCCUGCACUGAGGAGCGAGAUGACCUGAACCAGUCUUUGGGCCAGUGGAGAGAGAAAGUUCACAGUCUGGAGAAGACUAACUGUGACACCAGAAACCUGAUUUCCAUCCUGGAAGAUGACAUCAGAGCAGGGAGGAAGGAGUAUGAAGCCCUGCAAAGCCGCAUGGAGAAACUGAAGACCGAGAGGCAACAGCUUCUGGAACAGAUGAAAUCACUGGAACAGGCAAUAUCCCAACAGAGUGAAGAAAGACAAGAGCUUAUCAGCCAGCUGGACAAGCUCACAACAGACCACACCUCGGCCAAUCAUGACUCUGAGUCCAUGGUCGGCAAGAUCCAGGCUUUAGAGGGAGAAGUUUGCCGUCUCUCACAGUCUCUGGAGUCUUCUCUACUUGAAAAGGCAGAGAUCGCCUCUCGUCUGAACUCGACACAAGACGAGGUCCGGCAGAUGAGGACGGGUAUUGAAAAGCUCCAAGUCCGCAUAGAGUCGGACGAGAGGAAGAAAAAGAAGAUGGGAGAGCUUCUCAAAGCUGCCCAGAGGAAGUCCGACUCACUGCAAGAUCGCAUUGAUGCUCUGGAGCGAGAGAAGGAAGACGAAGAGCAAAGUCUAGAAGAAGCUGUGUUACAGGCCGAAACAGCCAAAGAUGAGCUAGAGGAGGAAAGGAGAAAGGUGGCGGAGGAGAAGAGAGAGCUCAGAGAGAAACUAUUGGAGCUCUCUGCCAAGCUGGAAAACCUUAGAUCUGAAAAAGAACAUAUGGAGAGGGAGCUGGAAACAAAAAACAGAGAGAUAGAAGAACUGAAGGCCGUUAAGGAGGAGCUGGAGAGGGGGUUGGAGAGGGCUGAGGUGGAUAGAAGAGAGGAAGACGAAAGACAGAAAUGCAGGGUAGAAGAGCUGAAGAAAGGAAUGAAGGAGGAAGCAGAAAGGCUCACGAGUCAAAUGGAUGACCUCCAGGCACAGUUAUUGGCCUCUCGGCAGAGAGAGAUCUCCCUUGAACAAAAGAGUGCAGAAACGGAAGGGGAGAAAGGGCAAAUGCAGUCUGUUCUGGUCAAGAUGGAGAAAGAAAAAAUAACUCUGCAAUCUUCUCUGGAGGAGUGCGAGACAGUGCUCCGCUCUCAGGGAGAGGAGUGGAAGAAAGAGAGAAAUACCCUGAGGACCAGUAUUGUGGCUUUGGAAGAAGAAAUGAAGAAGCUUGAAACGCUCAUAAAAGCUAAAGAGGAAGCGAGAGAAAUGUUGGAGAGGGAGGCAAAUCAGAGAGACGCCACAGUACAAUCCAUCUUGUCUGUCAUGGUGGAAAAAGAACAGAUAAAAGAAGAAAAUGGAAGACUGGCGGAGGAGAAAGAGAAACUGCAGUCAACCCUGUUUUCAGUAGAACAGGAUCGAGAUAAUCUGCAUUGCACUCUUGCAUCUGUUGAGGAAGAGAACGAGAGACUGAAGCAAGAGAGGGGGAUGCUAGCUGAUGAGAAGGAGACGCUCCAGUCUAGUCUCUCCUUGCUAGAAAAGGAGAAAUAUAACAUGCAACAAACUCUUUCUUCAUUAAAGGAAGAAAAGAAAAGAAUAGAGGAGCAGAAAUGGAUGUUAGAUGCUGAAAAGCAAGACUUGCAGUCUUCCCUUUCUUUGAUUGAAGUGGAGAAAAAUAACCUAUCUUCAGCUCUUUCUUCACUGGAACAAGAGAAGCAACAAGCAGAAGAGGAGAAAAAGAAAGUUACAGAAGCACGAGAGACUCUUCAGUCUACAGUGGCCUCUACAGAGAAGGAGCUGGAAGCAUCUAAAGUGUCUGCUGCACAGCUCAGUGAGCAGGUGUCAAAGCUAACAUCUCAGGUCGCUCGUCAGUCUAAGGAGAGGGACUCUGCCCUGAGCAAGAUGGGUCUUUGGAUGAAGACCUGCAAACAACUGGAGCAGGAGAAGCAAGAGAUGUUAAACCGCUCAGGUGAUGGAAAGAGCAGUGAAGCGGUGCAGACUGAGGGAAACCAGCUGAAGAUGGAGGCAGAGAAGAGAACGAAGGAAAUGGAAGAGCUGAACACUGCCCUGCAGCAGAAGAGUGUGGAGGCAGAAGAAAAAACUAUGGAGGUGGAAGAACUUGAGGCUGCCCUCGAUGGAAGGAAGAAGGAGUUGGAAGAGAGAAACUCAGAGCUGGGGAUGAUGAAGAGUGAGUUGGAUGAAUUGAAUAAACUCCUGGAGGAGAAAAGCAGGGAGGCAGAUGAGAGCGUCGAUAAAUACUGCGGUCUGAUGGUUAAAGUCCACAAACUGGAAGAGACUAAUGAUGCACUGACAACCCGGCUGGAGCAGCUCACCGCUAGCCACCGCGUUAACGAAGCUAAAGUCCCCACGAGCAGCACUGGCGAUACUCGCCGUCGGCGGUCAGGAAGGAAGUCUUCCUCCAACCACCAGGAAGAACUGGAUAACAACACUGAAAACAUUUCUCCUUCAACACCUCAGAGGUCUCCUCAGGGUUCCUCUUCAGUGAAAAGGGGACACCGUGACAUCAGUAAUAAAGACAGUGCGCAGGAGGCCCUGCACAACCUGACAAAGAAGAUCAAAGCCAACGCCGUGACGACACCCAAACCAAGAACUGGACAGGAAGAUGAGUUCAAACCAGAGGGACUUCCUGAGCGGGUGCAGAGAGGUUUUGCUGACAUUCCUCUGGGGGAAGCCAGUCCAUUCAUCAUGAGGAGAACCACAGUGAAGCGCUGCAGUCCUCGACUGGCUGCCAAGCAGACUGCUCACACACCUGCAUCUGACGGCACGACUUUGGGGUCCACAUCCCUCCGGAGCCCUUCCAACAGGAAGUGUGUCUCCCCAAGUGACGAGGAUGAACCUAAGACACCGGAGCAGAAAGAGAGACAAGAAGACAACUGUCAUGUCCAGUAGAUUGACGUUCACGCACGCGCACACACACAGUCACAUAGACGUUGUAUUUAUUUUUAAUAUACACAUGCACAAAAUAAUCUUUUCUUUUUUUGGGACACAUUUAUUUGAUCAUUAAACACUUAAAAUGCACCUUUUCUUUCAUUGGUUUGGGAGGCUGUGUGUGAGCGAGCGUGUCACUUGUUUUUUUUCUUCUUUUUUCCUGUUGGUAUCUUAAAGUCAUGAGAAAUACAAUAAAUUACUAACUAAAGUACGAUGACGAGGCAGGUUGAAGAUGAGUGGGUUACUCUCAAAGCACACUUUUUUAUUACGCUAUAUUCUUUGAAAUGUUUUAGGUCUUUUUAAUGUUUUACAGUGAAUAAAACCCUGAUUGUUUUGUGAUGCCUCCAGAACGUAAACAAUCCACGUUUGUUCCUCUUUCUUCAUGACUUUACUUUGUACCAGUUUAUUUAAUACUGCCUUACUGGUUGUACUUUGUUUUCCUUUGUGCUUUUUACUGUUCUGUAAGAGAUGUCUUGAACUUUGUACAUGAUAGAUGACAUACAGCAGCUACGCGUCCUCAGCUAUCAGCCCUUGAACAUAUCAGCUAAUGGCAGCUAAGAUUGUGUCGAUUUUGGUAUCUUCUAAAUAUUUUUAUUUUAUUCUUAACUUUUUUUCUUUCUUACUAAUGUUUGCAGAAAAUAUUGAAUGCAGACUUGCAUUUUGUGUCUGUUUUAGUGGAGUUGAAUGUUAAUGAUCAUUGUGUGUGUAUAUAUUCAUUGCCCUUUUUUUAUACUAAACCGUAACUGCGUCAUAA